CACAAAGUUGUGACACAUCUAUAGUCUAACACAAAGUCGUCGGCUCGGCGGAGUCGCUGUGUCGCUUGUAGAUGUCGGGAAUGCGCGUGCUCCUGUUCAUCCUUUUACUGGCUGCGGCCGCAGCACUUGAUUCUUCACCAGCUCAAUUGUUGUUCGGAGCCUGUGGUGCCUGCGUUUUCGCGUCGAUGAGCACUGAAGCACCAGCGAUGCCUCCUCCUGCGUCUUCUCUGGUUAGGUCGACGAGCGCCGAGGAGGCGGUACUGCUCAAGGCCUGGAAUGCCGCUGAGGCGCUGGCGAGCGCAGACCUCUCACAAUGACGAUAGUCGGAUACCCGACGGCUCCGACGGUCCGGCUUCCGUGGCCCGCUGCGCGAGUGGCCACGGAGUGGUGCGCGUAGGGCCCUGGCUGUGACUGGCCCUCCGGCCGCUAAACCCACGGACAGCACAUAAUGUGCUGCUACCCAAUGGCAACGUACUGAAAAUGAUUUUAUGGAGGCUGGGUAUUCCAGAGGCAGGGACAUGAAGCGUGUCGAGGUUCGCUUCAAAGGGGGUAGGUUGGUCGGGUUCUUGCAGCCCCGCACAAUUCAUCCACCCCGUCAUUUCUUGAUUUUAUCUGGGGUUGCAGCAAGUAUGAUAAUUGCAUGAGCACGGAACAGCGCGUUGCUCUGGACAACAAAUGGUCGGGCCGUGGACGCAGGCCUUGCAUAAACGACGGCGGGCGGCGCCGCGCACUUUGACAGUGUCGCAUAGGUGGGAACUGUAAGGGAGGGCAUCUCGCAUGACGCCGUGCUUAUGGGUACUGAAUAUGCAUGCACGAAAUGAGGCCGGAGGUAGGCAAGGAAGUCAGUAGCACAGAAUGUUUGUACCGUCUUGGGGUGACCAGGGGUGACACACGGCACGCGGCGCAUUCGUGCGUGCGGUGUGGACCCACAAGGCGCGAGUGCGGGAGUUCAGCGGAUUUCAAUUUCAGAAUGCGGCGAAGGUUUAGCAGAAUAGGCUAGCAUGUGCACUAUGGCAAUGGUCACGUGCGAGGUGGUACGGUGCAUGGUCUUAAUGGUGCUCCCACAGUGUGGGGCUUUUGCCUUUUGGGAGGGUUUUUGUCAACUUGGGAUUCAUUUGCAUCUUGCAAAUCGUCCCGCAGUUGGAGAGGUGCCGGGGAGCUUUUCAGUUUCACUUUUUCAGGCAUGACAGACGAGGGACGUUCAGGACGUGUUGGUUUGGUGGUUCGUGAUGACUGCGGGCGUUGGGUGAGUGGGUGCUCAGUGAUGUGGAGUGGGUACCUCCGCGAGGCAGUGAGCUUUAAUGGCUGAGUGCAGGACAGGUGCGCUAGAUGCGCUGGAUGUAGGUAGGCAUUGGCAGGUGCCUUGCGUCCACCGCGCAUGGGGUGCCGCAAUUCAUUCGCCGAUCCGCGCGGUUCUUGCUAUAUAAGGUGGAGCCUCGGUACGUAGUAGACUGGAACGACUUCAGAUGUUUGAGCAUGAUGGGGGCACACGUGGGGCAUUGCGCUGUGCGAGGUCGAAUCGCUUUGUUGUUAUUUUUGGCUGGUUAUUGCACCCAGUUGUGUGAAUUGGAGUGAGGUGGCCAGGUGGGCUUGGGCAAACGCGGCCAGAGGCAGCGACACGACACU